AUGGAAGAAGCCAAAGAACGAAUUCCCUUGGAAGAUAAAUGCUCAGGAAAUGAAGAGCCCAAAAAAGAAAAAAGAAGCAACAGAUGUAAAAAAGUAGAAAUGUUACACAAAACGAAAUCGAACGAGAAGAGGAAAAAGUCGUCUAAGAAUUUUAAGCCCUUUAAAACGUUCAGAUAUUUUAAGCCCUUCAGACAGUUUAAAAAUUCGAAAAGUUUGAAAAAGGCGAAAAAUUGUAAAACUCACAAAAAGAAGGAAAAAGAAAGGGCAAAAAAGAGAGCCAAAAGGAAGGCGAAGAAAAAUGCCCCCAAGGACCUUCUACCCGUGGGGCUGGACACACCGACGACACUCCCAAAUGAGGGCAACCUUACUCUGGAAAACGUGGCCAAGUUGCCGUCCAACCAGCGCACCCCAACGGAAAUGAGUGCCAGUUCCAGGAAUAGUAGAAAAAUAGAACAGAAAAAUAAUAGUAGCAAUGCUGGAUAUGUUGCUUUGGCUGAGGAUAAUUUUUCUCCUAAUCAUUCUGAUGACCAAAAAAGUGGACGUGCCAAAAAUUAUUAUGAAAUUAAGCACAGUGUAGAUGAGGAUCACAAGUUUCCAGUUCACACGUAUGUAGAAACGGAGAAGACACCACCUGUGGAAGUACAAGUAGGAGAUAACCUUGACUGCGUAGUGGAAGAAAAUUCGCCAAAAAAGAAAACACAACUGGGGAUCACCAUAGAGAAUUGCCAAAAAAACGCAUGUAAGGAAGAACAUUGGACCACUUUGAAGCCCCACUUGGAUGAUCCUCAAAGGGAUUACUGCGGAGGGGAAGAAGAAAUAACUCAGGUGAAAGGAAGAGAGACAAGCAGACAAAAUAAUCCGAAGGAACUACUCCAAUAUGACAUGCACCGGGGAGAGCACGAAGUAGGGGCACCACAUAACCUAAUAGACAUAUUAGGAGAGAAAAAAACGUCGCGCAUUCAAUUCAGAGAGCUUAUGAUAUCGAUGAAUUAUGACACGAAGAAUAUCAUCACCGUAAUGGAAAAACUGAGCGAAGAAAAACUGCUCUAUUUAACCAUCCCAUUUAAUGAAAAUUACGACAUUGUAAAAUAUUUCAAUUUUUUGCCCUUGGAGAAGAUAGAAAAAAUGAUAAAUUUGCUUCAUAUAGAUAAUUACAAAAAUUUUAUUCUCUCCUUUAGCCAAAAGAAAAUAAUUGAAAUUGUCAACUACGUGUCUGUUAACACAUCUAUCAAUAUACUCUUAAACCUAUCCAACAACAAGGUUGCAUACAUAUUAAACCAUAUAGAGGAAAAAAUUUUCAUCAAUUUGUUGAAUGGAAUACCUUUGUGUAAAUUCUAUCACAUCGCAGAAUAUUUACCUAUGCAAAAAAUAAGUCUCUUCUCAAACAGCAUAACUUACGAAAAAUUGUACGUAAUGCACAACUCCUUACCGUCUAAAAAAUUACAUCAGCUAGCCAAUAACCUACCAGUACAAAUUCUCAAUAAGUUGAUAAACGAAUUGCCUUUAUACAAAUCUGUUAAGGUAUUGAAAAUGUUGCCUCCUUGUAAAAUAGCAGAGUCGAUUAACGUGAAGGAAUUGACCCCUCAUUUUGCCUCCGAAAUUGGAAGAUCUUUCAAUGCGCCUGAAAUUAUAGAAAUAGUGAAUUACCUAAAUGAAGGGAAUGCAGAUAUUUUACUCAGCAGAUGCAAUUUAACGAAAAUUAUUCUCUACAUAAAUUACAUUUCCAUGGAAGACUUUAAAUCUCUCAUUCCAAAAUUGCCUACUCAAUUUUUAACACAAAUUGUUAAUGAUAUAUCUUUGAAGUUGCUCGUGGAGUUGUUCCUGUCUCUGCAAGAGGAGAAGGCGAUUCCCUGUCUGUAUGCCCUCACCGAGAGGAAGCUCAACUUUGCUUUGCGCGUCAUUCCGAUGCAGAGGGUGAUAAUAGACACCGUGUUGAGGCAAGGUGGGACAGUUCUUCCGGGGUACCACCAGACCGAAGCAAUUAUGGGUGCGACAACUACAAUUGGUACCACCGAUGUCACCCCUACAUGCUACGCCCAUACAGGUGCUGAUCAUCCACAUAGACACCUAAUCAACAUGAUCUAUGAGCACAAUUUGGCCCUCCUCCUUAAUCAGCUGAACGCAGAUGAGUAUGCCCCAUUCUGCAAUUUGAUGUGCGCAGACAAGGUGGAAGAAAUGGCUAACUCUCUCCGCGUAGACUGCAGAACAGCCGCAGCGCUUAUCCUACAUUUGCCUCUUACUAAAAUGGUUGAGGUUCUCCAAAGGGUAAGAGAAAAACGAAGAGAAGAAAUGACGAAAUAUAUGCCAACCUUCAUCUCACAAAUGGUCCUUCACAAAUCAAGUAACACGAAGGGUAUCAGCAAAAUAGAACAAAUGUUUAUCACUUGCAAAUUACUACGUUUGAGGAAAAUUUUUAGGAACAGUAAAAAAAUUCCCACUCUAAAAAAAAAUAAAAGAAAAUUAAAAUGUUACCAUUUGAGAAAAAAAACAAAUGACAUUAUACGUACUAUUAAUGUAAAAAAUUAUUCCAUGUUUUUGAACUUCAUUUCUUGUGCCAAAAUUGUAGAAAUGUAUCAAGUCAUCGACGACAUCAUGUGCAGGCAUCCAUAUACUGAGCCUAAAGUUAUGGAUUGUCUUUUCUUUUUCUUUAACUUUUUUGGGAAAAUCAGAGCCUCGAAGUGGAAGACAGAGGAGGGGAUCCUACGGUGCAUAAACAAGGACAAUUCGAAAAAUAGGGAGAAGUUGCAUAAUGCAGAAAAUUCACAAAAUGGGGAACCCCCACAUGACACCUACAAACAGACGAAACUGUGCCCCCUCCAUGGGAGCACAAAAACAGAGCAGUUAAGCCCUUCCCCCUCGAUAAAAAAAAUGAAUCCCUCCACAGAUAACACGACGAUAAGAGAAAUUACAACCCAUGAAAUACAUACAAAUAAAAGGGAAACGAAACACUUGGUGGUGAAGACAGGAAAAUGCAAUUCCAAAACCGACAGCGUGAGGAGCUCCUUCUACACAUUUUUAGUGCACUUUGUUUGUUUCAUAAAAAUGCACAUAGAAAAUUACGUACUCCAGAAUUGGGAAAAUUUGCAUAAUGGGGAAGGAGAGGAGGAACCCACCCCCAAUAGGCCACAAAGAAGUUUUCCCUUGAAAGGGGCGUUUCCACCAAAUCACGAACAGGGUAGUAGUGCCCCCCUUGAUGAAGACUCGAGUAUGAUCGAACCUCAUCCUCACUCCAGAAAGGCAUCCAGAAUUCUGAUAACCACCAAGAGCAAGUUAAUCUUCAAUAGUGUCAGAAAAAUUAUGAAAAAUAUAUUCUUCUCUAUUAGGAAGAUAAACCAAAUAGGGAAUCCUUCACUCGUCUUAAAACACAUCUCCAUGUUUAACAUAAUACGGGCUGAUAUAGUCAAGGGAAAAAGUGAACGGCAGAAGGAGGAUUUGAAAAAUAGCAGUGGAUGGGACUACUCCAAGGGGACUCCAAUUAAAAGUACAAAUAUUAAAGAUGGAAAAACCACUAUCAUUAAGGUUAAAAACACUGCCGAUUUUCUCACCCACAGUGGCAAUUUUCUCAAUGAAAAAUAUCCACUCGUAAAAAAUAUACUCAAUGAAAUGAAAAAAAAGAAUUGCACUAAUGGGACAGUCGAUGGGGAGAAAACUAAUGAAGCUAUGACUAUAGAAGAUGUUGUAAAAAAGGAUGAAUCUAACUAUAUGGGAAUGUCACAAAAUGGUAUCACUACAUGCGCACUUAAGGAAGGGGAAUCCCCCAUGUUGAGAAACUCCCGUACAAAUGGAAGGGGAAUAAUUGGAUCUGCGUUCAGCGUGAAUAAAAGAGAGACAUGGAAAUAUAAUCUACUUGUUAAUGAUGAAGGGGAUAACCACAUCGAAGAAAGGAACGAUCGAAAAAAAGACACAUAUGAGCAUAGGGCUCUCAUUAAAAAAAGCAAAAAAAAUUACUUCAAGAAGCUGAAGAAUAUUUCCCAAAUGACUAGUUUUAAAAGAUUUACACGUAGUGAUAAACACCACAGUAAUAUGCCACGUAAAGAUACACCUACAAAUUUAAGCAUAAAUGCUCCAAUGGAAACUUGCCAAAUAGAUCGACAAAGCAGAAACACUACUGUUAACCCGCGCAUUAAUGAAAAAGUAUUUUUUCCAACCCCAAAUAGCCAAACAGAAGAAGUACCAUCGGAUGUAUCCAGUAAAGGGAAAAAAAACAAAUUGUCCCUCUUAAAAUUCAUAUUCGCUUUGAACGAUUCGAAUGAUGAGAAGUACGCUAAUAACAUAACCCUAAUCAUAAAUUUUUUUUUUCUGAAGAAGAAAAUAUUUCUGAGCAAAUGCAAGAACCAAAUUGUGGGGUCUUCUCUAAACGUACUUAUAAAUGAUAACGGCUGUAAGAGAUUAUUAAAUUUUAAUGCACCCCCUAACGACACAUCAUGUUACAUUAAUUCAAACAUUGUAUCUGUCCAAUAUGACGACACCGAUGCUAUUAAAAAUUUGUACUCUUUGACAUCUAGCAAAUCGAUUCCAAUGUGCACUACACCGGGGAUAAUUCCAUCCAUUGAUAUGCGUACCGACUUUUCCACUAUUCCACAAAAGGGGAAAACAAAAAAACCUUUCAAAAGUAAAAUAUUAUCAACAAAGAUGAACAAGGAGAACAAUAACAUGUCCAUUAAAAAUAUGUGUAAUGAUUUAAAUUCAAGUAUCAUUCUCUUUUGGAAAUCCUCCCAAUUUGGCUACAUCCUCUUAGAUGCACAUAAUUCUCUGCAUAUAAAUAUCCAUGACCCCUCCACUCAGUUUUCUCUGAAUCUGUUCAGGCAGCAUGAUGAUGUAUCUGUAGGGGGAGGUGCCUACAGAAAAGGUAGCAUAUUUUUCUCAAAAAAUGGAAAGAAAAAAGUGAGCUUCAAAAAGAUCAAAUCCAUGUUCUCAAGAAUAUUAGAGAAGAAAUCUGACCCAGUUGCAAUCACCUCCAGUGGUGCGAUCGUGAAAACGGGACAAUGUGGAGCAGGAGGAUACAUGGAGGGAAGACAAAAUGGGGACGAUUUCCUCGAUAGAACUGUUUUACUUCCAAGUGGAAAGAAUAAUCUCAGCGAAGGUAAAGGAGGCGCACCAGGGGAUGUGAGCAGCAGGGGGGAUAAUUUUGUCCAUGCAAACGACCCCAAACCAGAGGAGCACCUAAUCAGUGACGAUAAUGAAGUAUAUUUCGGCGACGAGUACUACAAGUGCUAUGAAGGAGAGGUGUCCAGUGUGCUUGCCAAUGAGGUAAGCAUUAGAAAUGGGGAGAGUGCCUCCGUAAGCGGUCCCUUUGAAAGACCCAGCAAAAGUGGAAAGAAUGGAGAAGUGGCUACUCACCUGGAGGGAGCAACAAACAUGAGGACACCAAAGAGAGAACACGAGCACCAUGCAGAAAAGUCAGAAAAUGAAAAAAUCGGAGAAAACGAAAAAGACGCAUCCAACGAACACAACAGAAAGAAUUCCCUAAAAAAUAAGCACAGCAUAGUGAUCAACAAAUUUAGUAACAUUAUUAACGAGGCACAAAGAAUUCUGUCUAUAAAGGAAAAAAUGAUCAACCAGAAAAUAUUAGAACAAAUACACCCCAGUUACAUAUCCCCAAGCUCCCUAACCGAAAGUGAAAAGGAAAAAAUGAGGGAAAUAAAAAACAACGAACUUAACAAAAUUAUGGAAGAAGAAUUGCGAAAAGUAAAUAAAAAUUUCCAAUCGAAAGAUACAUAUUCGUUUGGAAAUACUAGCUACACGGAUGAUGAAUUUAAUAUAAUUCUCUAUCUAGAAAAAAAGAAAAAAAAAAAAGACCAAAAAGGGGCAAAGAGAAAAAAACAACUUAUGCCUCUUAAGAGAAAAGAAAAAUAUUUUAUUCCAUUUCGUUUUAAUCGAAGUAAAAUACUAAAAUUAAAAUUGUUGACACUUAUUGAAAAUGCUUUAUGUAGUUAUGACGUCAACGUAGGGGAAGGUACGUUCAUCAGUGAACUGAAUCAACAGGGACAAGGUGAAACAACAAAGGAAUAUGUCGACUCUUCUUCCGAAAAUUUAAAUAAUGUAUUCCCCUUCCCCCUGGAAGAACAUAUCCCUUCUAACAGUUCUCACAACGUGGCAGAACAGUCCAUUUUUUCAUUUUUAAAUUCGAAUGCUUCUCAGCAGAAAACAAACUUAGAUAUUAUUCCUCUGAAUGAUGAACCAAAUGAGUUUCCAAAAAAUAGGUUAACCCUAUCGAACCAAGUGGGUGACAUAAAUUUGUUCGACCUGCAUGAUGACAUGUGUAAUAACGACCCCCCCCUGGAAAUUAACAUGAACACAGAGAAGAACGAAUCAAGUACCCUAAAUACAAAUAGUAAUAUCCUCCAAAACGGAAUGAACAGAAAAGGGGAGCAGGACCUACAGAAUGAAUUACUUCACAAUGAUGUAGAUAUUGUCCCGUUUGAACCAAGCCACAGUUCCUCUUCAACCCGCCUUGCAGAUAAGUAUCUCACGAAUGAGUGUUCAUCAAUUCAUCUAAGGAACUACUCCCACAACAAAAUAAACACACACACAAACAGAAUCUGUGAGAGCUCCUACGAAAAUUUAAAGAGCGUACCAAUACAUGAAAGAAACAAUUCAACAAAAGGGUCAUCAUCAAGUGAAUCGAAUGGAAGAUUAAAUGAUGACACAGACGUAAAUAAAAUGUCGACAUACGAAAAUGUGUUGCAAAUGUUUAAUCAAUCUAUUCACCAUUUGGAAAAUGGAAAUGUCGAAAAAGACACAGCUGCCGCUGAUAAAGGAAAGGACGAAUGGGGGAAUUGCCCAGAGGAGGUACUACUAACACAUAGCAGAUUAUUUUACAGGCAUGGUUAUAACAAUUUGGAGAAACAUUCAAAGGAAAGGGACAGCGGAAAUCAUAUGAAUAAAUUGGAUCAAGUUGAUAGAGCCUCUCCAAUGUUGGAAAAAGGGGAAGGAAACACAUCUUCGAAGAUUGUGGAGGAUGCCAAACGGUGCAACUAUUCUACACCCCACAUAGUGGACCACUGUAAAGAAUCGGAAGAUCUCCACUUGGAAUUAAGUCCACUGGAAAAAUGCGUAAAUAGACAUGACAUGUACAUGAACGUUGAGCAAAACCGCGUAAAUCAGAACGAGGAAUCGCAUUUGACGGAGAAAAGAGAACACUUCCUAAACGGUUUGCUCAGCCAGAUACACAAUGAGCGAAACGGGGAUGACCACCUGGGUGGCGACUUCGAUGGCAACUUAGCUGCGAACCCACAUAACAUGUUCAGCGUUGGGGCGGAAAAGGUGGGCCUCCUCAAUCUGCACUGUCUGUUCGAAAAAAAGUCAGAGAAUUUUUGCCUCAUUAGCGAGGGAUGCGCUAAGGCCAGUAAUUACGUGAAUGAUAGCAUGCUGAUUCAUACCAAGCUGUACAAUGAAAUCUUCCACAUAAAGAAGGAUGACAUGUCUACCCCGGAAAAGUGUUCCAUGCUCGGUAUGUCCAUCGCGCCUAAUUGGAACAACUCGUUCAACUCGUUCAAUAGCUACAACAGUGACAAGCGCCAUAAGGACUCGACGGAAAAACAAAUUAUGUGCAUUCACAAGAAGAAAAAAAUACUUUGUAACAUCUGCGGAAAUGUCCUGAAAAAAAAUAUCCUAAAGGACAUGUUCUUCUUCAGAAUAAGCAUAAUUAAUAAAAAAUAUUUUCUAUCCAAACGUGCAAAAAUCAAGAUAUAUUAUCAGAGUCCUUUGAUCCGUGCCAACUUUGUUUCAAAGGACAAUGUUACAUACUCCUUGGAAAAAAAUAUGACCGAAUAUAAGCUCAGAAUUAUUGCCAUUAAUAAAAAAAAAAUGCGAAAAAAAUUGUCUCUCUCCAAAUCAAAAUUUUUCAGAAAAUGUCUCGAAAUUGAGUUAAUUAGCAGUUUGGACAAUAUGUUAAUUUCUCAGGUGGAAGAAAAAAAGGAGGUGAUAACAUACCAAAGGGAUGACAGCAGUGUUCAGUCCUCAAUGGACCAUUUCAAUACAUAUAAGCAUCAAGGCUUGAGGGAUAAAAUAGAAACAAGAAAAAAUUUGUCCUAUGAGCAGAUAAAAAAUUAUUCAAAACGCUUGUCCAGCAUGAACCAGUCCUCCAACGAUGUUCCACCUGCUAUAUACAAUUCACACUUUGCCAUAUUAAACUUCAGCAUCCUCGACGACAAAAAUAAAAAGAAGUAUGACGUGGAGAGGUUUAUAGUUCCUUCCACACUAUUUUACACCAAUGGGUAA